GCCGUGGUGAGCUGAGAGAGCCGAGAGAAAAGAGGCGUCAAUUAUUAUAAUCUACGAAUUUCUAUUUUCUUGGUCUUCUUAUCUUUUAAAGUUGCAGACAUGAUAUAGCAUAUUCAGAGUUGGAUUGGGUACUUUCAAGUCAGUCAAAAUGUCACAAAUGAAUAGUUUGGUCGGCGGAUUGAAGAGCAGACACGACGAUGUUCGCACCAGGGCAGCGAAAAACCUGCAGCACUACGUGAGCACCGAGCUGCGGGAAGUUUCGGCGGACGAGCGCACUUCGUUUAUGGACGAUCUCAACCACCACAUCUUUGAGUUGGUAUCAAGUCAGGACGUGAACGAGAAAAAAGGUGGAAUUCUGGCGAUUGUAAGCCUCAUCGGGAUAGAUGGAGACAAUGCUACAAGAAUCACACGCUUUGCCAAUUAUCUACGUAACCUGCUCCCUUCCAAUGAUGUCAUCGUCAUGGAGAUGGCAGCAAAGGCCAUAGGUCAUUUAGCUUUGGCUGGAGGUACAUUCACACCAGAGUAUGUAGACUUUGAGGUGAAGAGAGCCCUCGAGUGGCUGGGAGGAGACAGACAAGAGGGUCGCAGACAUGCUGCUGUUCUUGUUCUUCGUGAACUAGCAGAAAACACUCCAACAUUUUUCUUCCAACAAGUGCAAUCAUUCUUCGACAACAUUUUCAAUGCUAUCCGAGACCCCAAGCAAGCAAUCAGAGAAGCAGCUGUCUCUGCAUUGAGAGCUUGUCUUGAGUUAACCGCUCAACGUGAAACCAAAGAAAUGCAGAAGCCCCAGUGGUAUAAGCAAACAUAUGAGGAAGCUGAGAAGGGCUUUGAAGAAAUAGGAAAGGGAGAAAAAGGACUGAACCGAGACGACAGGGCCCAUGGAUCAUUACUCAUCAUCAAUGAACUCAUCAGAAAUAGCAGUAGAGAAGGAGAGCGUCUUCGUCAAGAAAUGGAGGAGGUUUCACAACAGCAGACACAACAUGAACACAGCUUUCGAGAUCUUGGUUCAUCAAGCAACAAAGCCAAGUCACCAACGGGACCCCAGCUAGGAUACAACCAGUACGUCCAGCGAGCCCUGGCCAGUCCGCUGUCUCUCGGCUCUACCAGUAUCCAGCCCAAACCACGCAUCACUGAGAGCAGAUACUGCCUGGAACUGAUGCAGGAGAAAUUCAACCCGGUCUGUCAGCAAGUGUUGAAGUUCCGUGGGAGUCGCAACCCUCUCAUCCAGCAAAUUCUUCUGAACCUCCUCCCAAGGCUCGCUGCAUUUGAACCCAAGAAGUUUGUAGACUCGUAUCUUGAUGACACAGUCAAUUACAUGCUGAUAUCCUUGAGGAGGGAGAGGGAGCGUUCCAAUGCAUUCCAAGCCGUUGGUCUUCUAGCAGUAGCGGUCAAAGGAAACAUCACAGAGCACCUGAGCAAGAUCUUAGAGAUUGUUCGUUCCUCCUUGCCACAUAAAGACAUCCCACACAGGAAACAUAAAAGCAUCAUAGUGGAUCCAGCAGUGUUUACCUGUAUCAGUAUGUUAGCUAGAGCAGUAGGACCAGUCAUCGCUAGAGAUGUCAAAGAACUAUUGGAACCCAUGCUUGCUGUUGGUCUGAGUCCUGCUUUGACGGCAGCCCUCCAUGACCUUGCUAAGCAGAUACCACAACUCAAGAAAGACAUCCAAGAUGGCCUACUCAAGAUGCUAUCCCUCGUCCUCAUGCACAAACCCCUGCGACAUCCCGGAACACCAAGGGCACUUUUAUCUCCUGCUAGUCAAACGGGUGCUACGUUGUCAUCGGUAGAUUCUGGUGAUAUCACUAGUACUGUGCUAGCUCUCAGAACCCUGGGAAACUUUGACUUUGAAGGUCACUCCCUAACCCAGUUUGUUCGUCACUGUGCCGACCACUUCCUGUCCAGUGAGCACAAGGAGAUCCGGAUUGAGGCUGCUAGAACCUGUUCCAGCCUGCUUCAACCAGCUGUAAAUCUACGGAGUGCCCCACACCCAGUCAGUGCAACAAACACUCAGGUGGUAGCAGAGGUACUCUCUAAACUCUUGGUUGUAGCCAUCACUGAUUCAGAUCCUGACAUCCGAUACUGUGUCCUUGCAUCACUUGACGAGCGCUUUGAUGGCCACCUAGCGCAGGCCGAGAACCUUGGUGCCCUCUUCCUCUCCCUCAACGAUGAGAUCUUCGAGAUACGGGAGCUCGCCAUGUGUACAAUAGGUCGUCUCAGUAACCUUAACCCUGCUUAUGUCAUGCCUUCUCUAAGGAAAACACUCAUUCAGAUUUUGACUGAACUAGAGCACAGUGGUGUGGGACGUAACAAAGAACAGAGUGCUAGAAUGCUUGCCCAUCUCGUUUCUAACGCACCAAGGCUUAUCAGACCAUACAUGGAACCUAUUCUAAAGGCACUUGUACCGAAACUGAAGGAAGCUGACCCAAACCCAAGUGUUGUGAUCAAUGUUCUAGCUGCCAUUGGAGAGCAGGCUCAAGUGAGUGGCAUUGAGAUGAAGAAAUGGAUGGAUGAACUGUGUCCAAUCAUGCUAGAUAUGUUACAGGACAGUGCUCUGUUACGCAAGAGAGAGGUUGCAUUGUGGACUCUAGGACAAUUAGUAGAGAGCACGGGCUAUGUGGUGGAACCAUACAACAAGUAUCCUAAUCUUCUAGAUGUUCUACUCAACUUCCUCAAGACUGAGCAGUCUCCAACUCUAAGAAGAGAAACAAUCCGAGUGCUAGGAUUAUUAGGUGCCUUGGAUCCUUACAAGCAUAAGAUCAAUCAAGGAGUCAUUGAUACCACUGGAGAUGGGGGAGCUACCCAGAGCAUGUCUGAUGCUAAAUCUCAAGAAGGAGGUGAAUCAACUGCCAGCGAGAUGCUAGUCAACAUGGGCAGCGCAUCCCUGGAGGAGUUCUACCCUGCCGUUGCCAUAGCAACACUGAUGCGGAUCAUGCGGGACGGCUCCCUGGCCAACCACCACACGGGCGUGGUCCAGGCCAUCACGUUCAUCUUCAAAAGCCUUGGAGUGAAAUGUGUCCAGUUCCUUCCUCAGAUCAUGCCCACCUAUAUCAAUGUGAUACGCACCUGUGAUAACAACACAAGAGAGUUCCUGUUCCAGCAGCUUGGUAUUAUGAUAUCCAUAGUGAAGCAGCAUAUUAGAAACUUCUUGGAUGACAUCUUUGACCUCAUACGGGAAUUUUGGACAGUGAACAGUCCUCUGCAGAACACUAUCAUCCUACUAGUGGAACAGACAGUAGUAGCCCUAGGAGGAGAGUUCAAACUCUAUCUACCCUGCAUUGUACCUCAGAUGCUCAAGGUCUUCAUGCAUGACAACAGCCAAGGAAGGGUUGUUACAACCAAGCUGUUGAAUGCAAUGCAGAAGUUUGGAGCCAAUCUAGAUGACUACCUCCACCUUCUUCUACCUCCGGUGGUCAAGCUUUUUGAUUCUCAGGACCUCCCUGUCUCAGUUAGGAGGACUGCUCUAGAGACGGUUGAUCAUCUCAGUGACAACCUGGACUUCAUGGAGUUUGCUUCCCGCAUCGUCCAUCCCUUGGUCCGUACCCUGGACACCACGCCUGACCUACGACCUGUCGCCAUGGAUACGCUCUCCUCCGUGGUUCUCCAGCUCGGCAAGAAAUUCCAGAUCUUCAUUCCGAUGGUGAACAAGGUCCUGGUGAAACAUCGCAUCAAUCAUCAGAAAUAUGAGACGCUGAUCCUCAAAAUCUUGAAGGGUACAACCAUCGCAGAAGAUGAGCUUCUGUUAAUGAGGGCUAGGAAUAAGAGAACAAGCUCCAAGGAAGACAGCUCUGCCAUGGAACCAAUCACCGUUAAGAAGCUUCCUGUCAGUACAAGGAACUUACAGAAGGCUUGGGCUGUGACUAGGCGCGUCUCUCGAGAUGACUGGAUGGAGUGGCUACGCCGUCUGAGCAUCGAGCUCCUCAAGGAAUCACCAUCUCAUGCUCUUAGGUCAUGCUGGGCUCUUGCACAGACCUAUAACCCUCUGGCAAGAGAAUUGUUCAACGCAGCGUUUGUUUCUUGCUGGUCUGAAUUGACUGAGCAGGAUCAGGAUAGUCUUAUUCAGAGUCUUCAGAAGGCUUUAACCUCUCAAGACAUUCCAGAGAUAGUUCAGAUCCUACUCAAUCUGGCCGAGUUCAUGGAACAUUCAGACAAGGGUCCUUUACCUCUGAAUACAGUGCUGCUAGGUGAGAGGGCGUCCAAUUGUCGAGCUUAUGCCAAGGCCUUGCAUUACAAAGAAGAGGAGUUUCACCGUGGACCAAACACUGAGAUCCUUGAAGCUCUUAUCAGUAUUAACAACAAGCUUCACCAAUCAGAGGCAGCUACUGGGGUGCUGCAGUAUGCCAUGAAAAACUACAGAGCUGAACUGCAAAUUCAAGAGACUUGGUACGAGAAACUCCAUGAUUGGGACAAUGCCCUUACGGCUUAUGAGAAGAAACAGGACCAGUCACCAGAUGAGUUUGAUCUAACCCUUGGUCGUAUGAGAUGUUUGGAAGCUCUUGGAGAAUGGGGUCAACUGCACAACGUUGCCUGUGACCGAUGGCCUCUGGUGCCCGAUGAAGGCCGACAGCGAAUGGCGCGGAUGGCCGCUGCUGCUGCCUGGGGUCUGGGUGACUGGGACAGUAUGGAGGAAUAUACAUGUAUCAUCCCUAGGGACACCUAUGAUGGAGCCUUCUAUAGAGCUGUGCUUGCUGUUCAUCAGGAUCACUUUGGUCAGGCACAGCAGUGCAUUGACAAGGCUCGGGAUAUCCUCGACACAGAGCUGACUGCUAUGGCAGGGGAGAGCUAUGACAGAGCGUAUGGAGCCAUGGUGUCUGUCCAGAUGCUCUCAGAACUUGAGGAAAUCAUCCAGUACAAGCUGGUUCCAGAGAGGCAGGACAUCAUCAGGGAGAUGUGGUGGGAUCGGCUCCAGGGAUGUCAGCGGAAUGUAGAGGAUUGGCAGAAGAUCAUCCAGGUUCGGUCUCUUGUGAUCUCUCCCCAUGAAGAUCUAAGAACAUGGCUCAAGUAUGCUAGUCUCUGCAGGAAGAGUGGUAGGAUGGUCCUAUCUCAUAAGACGUUAGUGAUGCUCCUUGGAGCUGAUCCAUCUGUCCAGGAGGUGACACUGGAAUCCCUUGCCCCUCACAUCAAAGAUCCAAGGGUCAUCUUUGCCUACAUCAAACAUAUGUGGAAGGAUGGCAUCAGGCCGUUAGCCUUGUCUCAGCUGCAUCAGUUUGUUCAAAACACCCUCACCCAACAUCCAUUGCUGACACUACCUAACGGAGAAGAGAAUCCAGAUCUUCAUAAACUACUUGCAAGAUGUUACUUGAAACUGGGUGAAUGGCAGCAAAGCUUAGAAGGUCUCAACCAACAAACUGUAGAACAGAUCUUAGGCUACUUCAGACAGGCUACAGAACAUGAUAGGGACUGGUACAAGGCAUGGCAUUCAUGGGCCUUUAUGAACUAUGAAUCGGUCCUCUACUACAAGCAGCAGAGCAUACAAGCGAGUACCACCCCUACCGCUACCGCUACUUCCACACCGACCACGCCCGCUGGCGGCACCACCGCCGCAUCCUCGCCUGUUGCCGACCAGGGGCUCCCCUCCGCUACCCCAGCCGCACCAGUCUCUCCCGGAGUUGGCACUUGCCAGGCGGGUGACGUGGGCGGGGAAGGGGAGGGUCCGAGCACCCCUGGGUUGGGAGCAGGCGAGGGCGACAUUCUAGGGGCGGAAGCGACCACGCCCUCCUCCACCACCCAGCAGCCACAGAAUAACUAUGUCCAGAAGUACGCUGUCCCAGCUGUCCAUGGCUUUGUGCGCUCCAUCUCACUGUCCAGUGAUAACUCCCUCCAGGAUACCUUGAGGCUACUGACCCUUUGGUUUGACUACGGUCAGUGGACAGAGGUCUACGAGGCACUGACCGAAGGGAUCAAGACAUUACAGAUUGACACAUGGUUACAGGUAAGACCACCUCAUGGAUAGUGACUGGAGAUGUAUGGUGCGACAAAGUGCAAGAAGGUUUUAGCAUUCAGACAUGGUGAGACAAUUGUGGUCAGCCUUGCAUCUAGAAAUAAUAGUUGCACUUUGUAUCCUACCGAAAAAAGCACUAGAUGAGGUUUGCUAUUAAUAUUAAAGUUAAGCAUGUAUCUGAUGCUUCAAGUAGUGAUACUACUUUUCAGGCUGAAAUCCUGAAUUUACGUGUAGGCCGAAGCAAUUUAAUUACAUGUGAUAGGAAACAUGUUUCUUGUGUACAAAAUGUUUUAUUCUAGUUGAUUCACGGCUUUUAUGUCAAUUCGAAGUAUCAUCCCUGGUAAAGUUCCAUCACAUUUUUCCAAAGUUGCAAGGAAAAGGUCAUUACCUUAUUCUUAUUUCAUUAUGAUUUUUACAUGAUGUCAAAAUGAUUUAAUUGUGACCUUACGUGAUAUGGUGAAUAUUGAUAUUUGGGUUUUCCUGUAAUAGUCAAGACAAAGAAUUUUCUUUUAAUUCACAAUUUUCUUUGGACACC